AUGCUUGAAAACAUGUGCUCUUCAAAAUGCGCAAAUGCCUAGCAAGCGCUUAAUGAGUGAUGAAGAAGUCUGGUUGAGGGGAGCAGGAGGUGAUAUGGUCAUAACCACGACCAUCGGGAGGCGUAUAACUUCUCACUCCACACCGCUGUUGUUGUUAAGCGAUGUGCUACAUGAAGACCGGAAAACGUUCGCUGUCAUGAUUUCGAAGACUGGUGUGGCGAGAUACAUGACAGAUUUGUUGGCGUCGAUCGAGUUGGACUGGGUGGCUUUGUCGCGACGAGAACCGGACGAUGAGCAAAGCCAUGUGCUAUACAGCAGUUUGAUGAUCGCUCUUUCUCGGUUAGCUCUCACAGAAUGUGGAUGGAACACCCUAGCUGAACUAGCGUUGCCGGAGGUACUAGCUGAGUUGCGCGUGUUCUCUAAUCCACCUAAGCAAAUGUUCUUAGAACCAGCCAGUGUCAAAAAAAAAGGAUCGCCAGCGGAACUGUAUGUAUCAUCAUUCGAAGCAGUAAUUCAGCUGUGCAGUGCGAUUUGUGCUAAACCGAAGUGGAAGCGACUGUCGUUUAAGAUUCUGGAUGUAGUUCAUUCGCAAAGGGAGUUACUCAGUCAGUUGAUGCGAGCAGAGAUCAGUUGUCGUAUGAUGAACGCAACGGCUUUAUUGGUGCAGUACAUAUGGGAUAACGGUAGGAAUCGAAUUUGUUCCCCUUAG